AUGAGCCCAACGAAAACGGAAAACAACGAGACAUCUCCCCAGGAUUUAUUCCAAUCAACCCUAUCGUUCUUUCCUGAGAAUCUCUCCCAGCUUAUGUUGGAGAACGGAGAACCUUCACACGAUGCUUCUUCAAUCCUAGCCGACGAAGUGGAAGAUGUUAGGCCCUGCAGCCAAGCACUCAGUCUCGGAUUGCCACCUCUUCGGAUGAUCAGCAACAGUGCUCAGAACAAUAGCCAGCUUCGCGAUGCCAGGCUGGCAGACUACUUCUCACCAAAUCCACACGGUGGACAGCCUCCUGCCUACCAUCCCAUGAAUGAACAAGAGCAAGCUCGCAACCCGGCGAAACCUCAGCAUAGCUCCCAGACGUUCCAGAACACGGUGGAUAGGAUGGCUCCAGAGAUGGCUAAUCUCAAGAAGAACGUCAGCACCUUCACGCAAAACUUCAACAGCUUCGCGCAGGCCCAAACACAACUGAUCAACACAUUGAACGCACGUCUCGUCAAGGCCGAAAAUGAGCGGGACCGUCUCCGGGCAGCCCUCUCUCAGUAUCAGCACCAGCACCAGCAGUUCGGUAGUCAUAUGGCCACACCCCAAGCUGCUCCCGAGUUUGGCAGUCGUAUGACUACACCGCAGACCGCGCCCGAGAGCAAUGCUUCCUUCUUCCCUGGAGUCGAAUACGCACAAAUAUCUAGCCCCAUCACUUCCUCCAAACCACUUCAAGAGAUCAAGCCCUACUACAGCAGUCCCAUCCAACACAGCACCAGCUCAACCCCCUUCGGCUCCAAGCUCACCGGCACCAAACGCCCCAAGAGCGAAAAAACCAAAGCUCGUAAAGUCUUGAAAAUCAAAGUCCCAGGUCAACUCACCACAGGUCACCACCAUCACCACUCCACCACCAGCAACAGCAACGGCAACGGCAACAGCACCAGCACCACCCACACCCUCACCUCGCCCCUAACCCCCGGCCGCAUCGGCCCCCCAACCCCACACCCACCCCGCUCCACAACCAUAAUCUCCAAACGCAAAAUCCACAACCUGGAAAAACUCCUUCCCGCGGCCUCUGCCCUGAUCCCCCUCAUGCCCCUCACCGACACGGAAAUAAUCGUCUACUUCUUCCAAUCCCUCGCGCGCCCCGUCGUCUCCCUCCGACUCUACGCACGAAACUGGGGUCCGUCCAACAUCUGCGACACGCUCAAUGCGCACCGCAACAUCGCAGGCGGCUACCUGCGCAACACGGCGAGCGUAAAGUGCACGACGGCCAUUAAGCGCGGGAAAGAGCGCUUCGGCGAGGCGUGGGCGGAUGAGCUGCGCGAUGUUUUUGCGCAUGCGGAUGAUGUGCAGGCGACGGAUUUGAUGCAGUUGAGUGCCGAGGAGAGCGAGGUCGCGACGGAUUUUAGGGUCAGGGAUUUGAGUAGGGAGUUGAAGAUGCAUCCAAGGAUGGGCGUUGAUGGCGGGGUCUUCACCGAGUGUGUCAAGUGGUGUGUGGAGAGGAGGGCGGGGUAUACGCUUGCGAAUGUGCAUGAGUUGGCGAUGGCGUUGAGGAAGGGGGAGGAGCCGGAUUUGAGGGAGGAGAGUGAGGACGAGGACGAGGAUGAGGAUGAGGAUGAGGAGAAGGAUGCGUGA